CGUCGCCCCUGUUUCAGGGGAUAAGAAACCCUGCGCAGACGCUUCCUUCUUUCCUAGGCGGCUGCCGAAGAUGGCGGAGGGACAGGUCCUGGUGCUCGAUGGCCGAGGCCAUCUCCUGGGCCGCCUGGCGGCCAUUGUGGCCAAGCAAGUGCUGCUCGGCCGGAAGGUGGUGGUCGUGCGCUGUGAAGGCAUCAACAUUUCUGGCAACUUCUACCGAAACAAGUUGAAGUACUUGGCCUUCCUCCGCAAACGAAUGAACACCAACCCAUCCAGAGGCCCAUACCACUUCCGGGCCCCCAGCCGCAUCUUCUGGCGUACAGUGCGAGGUAUGUUGCCCCACAAGACUAAGCGUGGCCAGGCUGCCCUCGACCGCCUCAAGGUGUUUGACGGGAUCCCACCCCCCUAUGACAAGAAAAAGCGGAUGGUGGUUCCUGCUGCGCUUAAGGUUGUGCGACUCAAGCCCACGCGGAAGUUUGCUUACCUGGGUCGUCUAGCACAUGAGGUGGGUUGGAAGUAUCAGGCGGUGACCGCCACCUUGGAGGAGAAGAGGAAGGAGAAGGCCAAGAUCCAUUACCGGAAGAAGAAGCAGCUUAUGAGGCUUCGGAAACAGGCCGAAAAGAACUUGGAGAAGAAGAUAGACAAGUACACAGAGGUUCUCAAGACCCAUGGACUCCUGGUCUGAGCCCAAUAAAGACUUAUUAGUUCCUCA